AUGUCUCGCUCAUCACCAGAGGCAUUGUACCACUCCAUCGCUCAAGCACCGGUUGCUGCGCCAAACGGUUCUGACAUUGAGCUUGAUAACGAAGAGGGAAUUGAAGAGAUUAUACAGCCAAUAUCUCGUGUGGAUCCAAGAAUUAAGUGGAUAAAUUUCGUUUUAGGAUGUGCUGUGCUCCUGCCUUGGAAUGCUCUGAUAACUGCAAUCCCGUACUUUCUCUCAAGACUCAGUGGAUCGUCUCUGCAAUCUACAUUUAUAUCUUAUCUUUCAAUAACGUUCACUCUAUCCAACUUUCUCUGUUUGGCUCAUGCCACCGCGACGUCCAAACAGGUAUCAACUAUCUCCCUUACUGGCAUUACUGUUCUCACCCUCCUUCUCACCCUCAGCACAUUCCUCACACUAUCUCCCGGUUUCUUCUUUACAUUCGUGCUCCUCAACGGCAUCGCUCAAGCAGCUUUCGGAUCGUACCUACAAAACUCUGUCAUAGCCGUCGCGUCGUUAUUCGGGCCUGCAGCCGUACAGGCGAUGCUCGCGGGCCAGGCGGCGGUGGCGGUUGUGGUUAGUACUGUGCAGGUGAUUAGCGCAGCGGCUUCUGUUAAUACCAGCACCGAGUCUAUGGACAGACCAGCUGCCAUCGAUGCAUUAGACGUCAUAUCUAGUAGAGCUAGAGAUCCAGAAGAACGCUCAGCAUUCAUAUUCUUUGGCCUGUCGACGAUUUUUCUAGUAUUUUCGGCGGCGGCACAUAGAUGGCUAGUCUCGUUGCCAGCAUAUCACUCCGUAGCAGGUGCAUUAGAAGCAAGGAAACCAGAGCCGGAGCUUGGUACAGAUGAUGAACGUCGAAUAUUAGUUUCCGCGGGACCGUCACGAGGAUUAUUGACACAGAAGCAAAGUAUCUGGCGGGUGGCCAAAACGAACGUGUUGUAUGAGAUUGCGGUAGCGUAUGUGUUUACGGUGACUUUGACCGUCUUUCCCCCAAUCACAUCCUCAAUCCAACCAACCAACCCGUCCAUUCACCCCCUGCUUUUCACCUCUAUCCACUUCCUCGUAUUCGGUCUCGGUGAUUUUUUCGGACGGUACAUCUGUUCGUUCCCGAGAUUAUUAGUAUGGUCUGCAAAGCGCCUAUUGGCGCUGUCCCUAUCUCGAACAUUGUUCAUCUUUUUAUUCCUAUUGUGUAAUGUUCAACGACCUCCAAAUCCUACUCCAGAUUCUCUUUCUUCACUAAUCCCCGACUCCCCAAUACCACCGAUAAUCAACUCUGACUUUUUGUUCAUGCUCAUUCUCUUCCUCUUCGGACUAUCGAACGGAUACGUGGCGAGCAUGUGCAUGAUGUCGGCGCCGUCUCUAGAGCAUAAUCCGAGGCUGAAGGGGAAAAAGGAAGAUGUGGAUGUAGCUGCGACAGUGUCACAAUUUUGCUUAAUUGGGGGACUAGUACUGGGGAGUGUUGCAAGUUUUGCAGUGAGAGGUGCGGUUUGUGGAUGUAACCCAUUUGUGCUGUAG